AUGGCCACAUCACCGAAGAACUGGACAAAAGAACCCAAAAUGUCUUGUAACGCCGCGCCCGCCAGGGGGCGCUCUCGUGGCGGCAGCCCGGCGCAUGCGCACAGAGCCCCGGCGGGAGCGGGAGCGGAGGCGGCAGCGCUGGCGGCGGAGCAGCAGCAGCAGCAGGGGAGCGGGAGCGGCGGCGGCGCCCGGGUGGGGCUGUGCCUGCUGUGCGGGCUCCCCGCGGCCGGCAAGUCCAGCCUGGCCCGCGCCCUGUGCCGCCGGCUGCGGCAGCGCCCGGACUGGGCCUGCGCGCUCCUCCACUACGACGAGCUCAUCCCGGACGAGGCCUUCCGCGCGCGCGCGCCGGGGGCGGGCCCGAGGGAGCCGCUCCCAUUGGUGCCCGGCUGGAAGCAGAGCCGCCGCGAGCUGCUGCAGUGCCUGGAGGGUCUCUUGCGGGCGCUGCUCACCGGGGCGCCGCUGCCCGGCCCCGCACAGCCGGGGUGGGAGCGGUUCCUGCGCUGCUGCCGCCGGGAAGGGCUGCUGGAGGCGGCGCAGGGCGACGGCGGGGCCCCAGCACGGCCGCUCUGCCUCCUCCUGGACGACAACUUCUACUACCAGAGCAUGCGGUACGAGGUGUACCAGCUGGCCAGAAAAUAUUCCUUGGGCUUCUGCCAGUUGUUUUUAGACUGUCCCCUGGAAUGCUGCCUGCAGAGGAAUCGCCUCAGGAGUGAUCCUGUACCUGAGCAGACAAUACAUUUAAUGGCAAGGAAAAUAGAAAUGCCAGAUCUCAAGAAAAACGCUUGGGAGCAGCACAGCCUCAUUCUGAGAAGCUCUGAUUGCAUCUCAGAGGACAAUGAGCAGAUAAUUAACCUGCUGGCCACUGCUCUGGAAAAUCCAGCGAGGCCAAACGAGGAGGACACGGAGCAAAAGGACACAGAUCGAGCCAUCUGCGCAGCCAGUGCUGUCCACCAGGCUGACCAGGCGUGCAGGAGGGUCAUCUCUCAGGCCAUGAAGGAUGCCAGAGACAAAAACGUUCCCCCAAGUGAGAUGAAGAGCCUGGCAGAAGAACUCAACAAACUGAAGGCAGAAUUUUUGGAAGACUUGAGGCAAGGAAAGACUUUGAAAAACCAAAAUUCUGACCCUGCUACGAGUGUAAUUUCUUCAUUCCAACGUGAGGCAACCAAUGUAGUCAAUAAAUAUAUUUUAAAAUAAUGACAGAGAAUGUUGGGUGUUUAAAUUGCAGUACUGCUGAGAGAUCCCUUCUGUGACUCCUCUCUUCAUAGUAUGGAAGAGAAACACAGUCUAAACAGAAUGGAGAUCAAGCCAAGAGCAAACCAUCCUUAAAUUUAAAUUUCAUAGAAUCAGAGAAGAAUUUAGCCUGGGAAGAGCACUUGGAAGUCAUCUACUCCUGUUUCCUGCUUACCAUGGGACUGACCUCGACCCACAGCCUCCUUCAGAUGAGAUUCUGAGGAGCACCUUGGCUGGUGACCUGCUCUGCUCUGUCCAGCAGCCCCUGAGCAAUCCCAGAGGUGAGUUUAUCCUCCUUACCAUAUCUAGAUCCCAUUUAGUCCUGAGCAGAUCACGAGCUCCACUUGUGGUAGCACAUGCAAUUAAGAAUUAACACGGGACCUAAUUAGAAAGUGUUAUUUUAUUCAUAUCUUACAAAAGCAAAGCUUCACAACAUGAACUACACGUGAUAGAGUUAUUUCAGAAUUAACCUUGUCAUCUCAAAAACAUUCACUAACAUUAAAAUUUAUUUUACAACUCUAA